AUGAAAAUCAAGUGGAAACUACAACUGAAUUCAACCGUUCAAACUGUUUACUGGCAGAAUAUCACUACUUUCGAGAAGCCAACUAUUAUUUGUUUAACUGGUAGAUGUGUUGAUAAUGAUUCAACAUCAACUACGACAACAACAACUACUACUACUACUACAGAUAGUUUAAUAGACAAAUUGAAUGUAAUUACUCUUGAUAAUUUGGAAUCAAGUAAUAAUCAAUCAAGUUCAAUACCAAACACCACCACAGAUGUUAUACCCUAUAGUCAAAUCGAUAUCGUUCAAUUCCUUUUGAACUACGAUAUUACAAGUAUCGAUCAAUUGUAUUCCAAUUUGACAACUGUAAAUGUAAUGACAAUGAUUCUCAGGUAUUUCGAAGAUGGCGAGAAACAAUAUCAGCAACAAAAAUCGGCAGAGUUUAAUAUUCGCGCUGGCGAGAGACAUGUAAAGAUAUUGGUGACCAAUCUCGAGGGUGCCAUUGCAAUCAUUCAGAUACCUCUGCAUAUGAUCGAUCGUUGGAGUAAUCUAAUAGCUAACCAGGAAUCACUCUACUCUGAGUGUAUAUUCACGAAUCUCUCGUAUGUCGACAGCAUUAGAGUACCUUGUUUCUCAGAGUUUGGAUCGAUUCUUCAGCAUUACAUUGCCCCAAGUUUGCGACCGACAUCCGACACCUUUAACUGUACGAUACUAUCGGUUCGUGAAGAUUCCAACUUUUUGUUGCGUCCACACAUCGAUGAUGGAACCAUCUACAAACCAGACUCUGCAAUACUCUCGCUUUCCGAACUGCCAUUGAACGAUUCAAUCGUUUCGCUGUUUUGGCAUCGUUUAAAUGUUCAAGCGGUCGUUGAGCAUGUUCAUGUCGAUCGUGAACUCAUUACCAUAUUCAUAACGUCAUUGAAUCAACCGAAUACAGAUAACGGUGAUAGUAAUAAUAGUGUUGGUAAUCUCAAUUCCGUUGGUGUGGUUGUCAGACGUGAGAAUCUCUUUGAUCAUAUCGAGCAUUUGAAUCAGAUACAACCGGGUGUUUCUCUGAUUUUCCAGGAUAUCUAUGUUCAACCACCUUCACAACCUAGACCGGCCAUUCCAUUGUUGGUAAUGGACAAGUUCUCACAGAUUUUCAAAACAGAGACGCUGGAGCUGACUGGCGUACCAAUGAAUAGUGGCGUCAAUACCUAUGUGCUUGGUCAACCACAGGAAUUCAUCAGUCUAAUCGAUCUACCCAAUGGAUUGCUUCCCUACUACCAAUCGAUUGUCAACAUCGAUGGAGUGAUUAUCGAUUGCAACAAAACGGAAUUCCUCUACCGUGGUUGUCUCGAGUGUCAGUGUGAAGUGGCCGAGUUCCAAGGUGACCAAGUUCUCGGUUAUGACAAAGAGAAAUUCUUUUGUUCGAAAUGUCGUCAGUUGGUUGAUAGUGAACUCAUGGUUGAAUUAAGAUUAGUUAUUAAAAUUGAUAAUUGGACUAUUCAUUUAAAGAUAAAUAAUAUUUAUUGUUCCGAAAUAUUUGAAUUCCCAUUGGAACAUAAAGUUGAAAAAGAACAACAAUACACCGAACAACUAUCGAGUCUUGUUGGUAAGAAUAUUAAUAUCAAUGGAAUAUUGACACCUACAACAACGGAGAAUGAAUAUUCAGAGAAAACUGCGAUCUUCAAUAUCGAAGCAAUAUCAUGUCCAAAUAUUUAUCAAAUUGCAUAA